AUUGUUUUAAAUGGCUUGCAAAGGUAAACUUAGGUGGAAUACUUAGAAACCUAAACUAUAGUUUCCUAUAGGUUCUGUGACUAUAGUAUGUAAUAUUUCAUUUGCAUAUGUGUGUCAGCUAUCUCAAGGUGGUACUUUUUAUUAUCUUUAGGGAUGAAAUUUACUGAUUUGGUUUUGAUUUUUAAGUUUCCUUUUUCUUGUAUAGCCCCCUGAGUAUAAUGGAAAUAGUCUUUGAAACCUUAAAGCUAGAGUAUCUGACAUUUGCAAUAAAUUACUCUUUAAACAGCAAUCUAAAGUUUUAAAACGUAGCAGUUGUUUCUGUCCAUUUGCUGUACCUACAGUUUAUAAAAUUUUGUAAGAAUUGUAUUUAUACAAUUCUUUAUACUUUUCUGGCUCUAUCAAAAGGCUGACUAGAUAAUCCGAAAACCCUCUUGCUUCAAAUCACCUAGGAAUGCUAGCUAAAAUACAACAAACAACCAUUUAAAUGAAGAGUUGAGCUUUCAGGAAAUUAAGGGAGACACUCAGGAUCCAAAAGUGAGAAAAAGACUGAAAAACAGAGGAGUGUCCUUAAAACCCUAUACCUGUAGCAAAGCUGUAGAUGAAGAAAAGAAUCCAUCCACCAGCACUGGGAGACUACAGAGAAGCUUGUGACUAUUAUAUGGUUAAAAAGAUUUUGGAGGAAAACAGUUCAGGUGACUUGAACAUAAAUUGCGUAGAUGUGCUUGGGAGAAAUGCUGUUACCAUAACUAUUGAAAACGAAAACUUGGAUAUACUACAGCUUCUUUUGGACUACGGUUGUCAGUCCGCAGAUGCACUUUUGGUGGCAAUCGACUCUGAAGUAGUGGGAGCUGUUGAUAUACUACUUAAUCAUCGACCAAAACGAUCAUCAAGACCAACUAUAGUAAAACUAAUGGAGCGAAUUCAGAAUCCUGAGUAUUCAACAACUAUGGAUGUUGCACCUGUCAUUUUAGCUGCUCAUCGUAACAACUAUGAAAUUCUUACAAUGCUGUUAAAACAGGAUGUAUCUCUACCCAAGCCCCAUGCAGUUGGCUGUGAAUGCACAUUGUGCUCUGCAAAAAACAAAAAGGACAGCCUCCGACAUUCCAGGUUUCGUCUUGAUAUAUAUCGCUGUUUGGCCAGUCCAGCUCUAAUAAUGUUAACAGAGGAGGAUCCAAUUCUGAGAGCAUUUGAACUUAGUGCUGAUUUAAAAGAAUUAAGCCUUGUGGAGGUGGAAUUCAGGAAUGAUUAUGAGGAAUUAGCCCGGCAAUGUAAAAUGUUUGCUAAAGAUUUGCUUGCACAAGCCCGGAAUUCACGAGAAUUGGAAGUUAUCCUAAACCAUACAUCUAGUGAUGAACCUCUUGACAAACGGGGAUUACUAGAAGAAAGAAUGAAUUUAAGUCGUCUAAAACUUGCUAUCAAAUAUAACCAAAAGGAGUUUGUCUCCCAGUCUAACUGCCAGCAGUUCCUGAACACUGUUUGGUUUGGACAGAUGUCAGGCUACCGACGUAAGCCCACCUGUAAGAAGAUAAUGACUGUUUUGACAGUUGGUAUCUUUUGGCCAGUUUUGUCACUUUGUUAUUUGAUAGCUCCCAAAUCUCAGUUUGGCAGAAUCAUUCACACUCCUUUUAUGAAAUUUAUUAUUCAUGGAGCAUCGUAUUUCACAUUCCUGUUGUUACUAAACCUAUAUUCUCUUGUCUACAAUGAGGAUAAGAAAAACACAAUGGGGCCAGCCCUCGAAAGAAUAGACUAUCUUCUUAUACUGUGGAUUAUUGGGAUGAUUUGGUCAGACAUUAAAAGACUCUGGUAUGAAGGGUUGGAAGACUUUUUAGAAGAAUCCCGUAAUCAACUCAGUUUUGUCAUGAAUUCACUUUAUUUGGCAACUUUUGCCCUCAAAGUGGUUGCUCACAACAAGUUUCAUGAUUUUGCUGAUCGGAAGGACUGGGAUGCAUUCCAUCCUACUCUGGUGGCAGAAGGGCUUUUUGCAUUUGCAAAUGUUCUAAGUUAUCUUCGUCUCUUUUUUAUGUAUACAACAAGCUCCAUAUUGGGUCCAUUACAGAUUUCAAUGGGACAGAUGUUACAAGAUUUUGGAAAAUUUCUUGGGAUGUUCCUUCUUGUUUUGUUUUCUUUCACAAUUGGACUGACACAACUGUAUGAUAAAGGCUAUACCCCAAAAGAACAGAAGGACUGUGUGGGCAUCUUCUGUGAACAGCAAAGUAAUGAUACCUUCCAUUCGUUCAUUGGCACUUGCUUUGCUUUGUUCUGGUAUAUUUUCUCCUUAGCACAUGUGGCAAUCUUUGUCACAAGAUUUAGUUAUGGAGAAGAAUUGCAGUCCUUUGUUGGAGCUGUUAUUGUUGGGACAUACAAUGUCGUGGUUGUGAUCGUGCUUACCAAGCUGCUGGUGGCAAUGCUUCAUAAAAGCUUUCAGUUGAUAGCAAAUCAUGAAGACAAGGAAUGGAAGUUUGCUCGAGCAAAGUUGUGGCUUAGCUACUUUGAUGACAAAUGUACGUUACCCCCACCUUUCAAUAUCAUUCCUUCACCAAAGACUAUUUGCUAUAUGAUUAGUAGCCUCAGUAAGUGGAUUUGCUCUCAUACAUCAAAAGGCAAGGUUAAACGGCAAAACAGUUUAAAGGAAUGGAGAAAUUUGAAACAAAAGAGAGAUGAAAACUACCAAAAAGUGAUGUGCUGCCUAGUGCAUCGUUACUUGACAUCCAUGAGACAGAAGAUGCAAAGUACAGAUCAGGCAACCGUGGAAAAUCUAAAUGAACUACGCCAAGAUCUUUCAAAAUUCCGAAAUGAAAUAAGGGAUUUACUUGGCUUUCGGACUUCUAAAUAUGCUAUGUUUUACCCAAGAAAUUAACCAUUUUCUAAACCAUGUAGAGAAUAAUUUUCAGUAAUAAAUCUGAAAGAUUGGA